AUGUUAAGUGACUUAGACUUAGAAAUUUAAUCAAAUUUUGUUUCAUUAUAUCAAAAUUAUGAAAGGCUAAGUAUAUUGGAUAUAAAAACUAAAGCAGAUAUUGAAAAAGCAACAUAAACUCCUCCAAGUUAAAUAAUUUAAUUAGAUCCUCCACUGGAUUAACAGAUUGGUUCAGCUCUAAGACUAAAAUAACGUGAUUUAAAAACAGUUUAAAAAGAAUCAAAAUUUUGUCAUUAAAGAGAUGCCUCUAUAAAUAAAAAUACAAGUUAGUUGAAUAUAUCAAAAGAAUCUAUAGAGAGAAAAGGAAUUUUAAAGAAUAGAGAUUCAUUUCAUAGUUCAAGUUCUGAUGAAAAAAUAAAUACCAAGCAUGUGAAAUUUAGUACUGAAUCUUGUAAAUUUGUACAUAUGGUAUUAAAAUGA